ACACAUAACAUGACAAUAAUGCCGAAUUAUCUAGUUGUUUUGCUACUAUCUGUCUCUGUUUUGCUUGGUGCAUUUUAUGUAAACACUGUAGAUCGAAGAAUAAUCCAAAUCAAAGAAGAGUUACUUCAACACGGAAAUGAAAAAAUGAGAGUAAAAGAAGAAUUAAAAUCGACCUUUGAAGCAAUUACGGAAGUGAAAGUAGAAUUUGAAUCGACAAUAAAGAAACUUAAACAAGAAUUGGAAUCGACCAGAAAGGAACUCAAACAAGAAUUGGAAUCUACCAGAAAGGAACUUAAACAAGUGCAAGUAGAAUUAGAUUCAACGAGAGAUGAACUUGGUAAAGAAAUUAUAGAAAAGAACAAUGCACGCGGGGAAGAACUAGGCCUUAUUCGAGAAGAUGUAAAUGAGAUUAAAAAGGCACCAAGAACCACACAAGGAUGUUUGUCUGGAGUCUUUGGCGAGUAUGCAUCAGAGAUCAAAUUUCCAGCCUCAACCUACAUUACUUUCAAUCCACCAUUUACUGCUGUUCCAGCCUUAGUGUACGGAUUAUAUAUGUAUAACAGUUCGAAGGACUCAAAUGCUCGACUGGGGACAUAUGUUAGCAAUCUCUCUAAAUCUGGAUUUAAUCUACAAAUCAGUACCUGGGGAGAAACAAAAAUGUGGGGAGCUCGCAUUUCGUGGAUGGCUUGUCCUAAAUCAACUGAUAUCUAACUCAAAUAUGCGUACUUUAUUUAUUACAAAAAUGUUUUUGUUCGUGUGGUAUAUUUUAAAUUUAUACUUUAAUUUCUUUUUUUGGUUUCUUUUCUGUAGAAAGAUGAUUGGGAAAAUUCAAGCCCGAGUAACUUUUGGAGAGACAUGAAUAAUGAAUAGUUUAACACUGU